GAAGAAGAAGCCAAACAAAGAUGGCCGCGUCCUGUUGAGCAGAAACGAAGCGUCCUAGCCAUAGACAUAAUAUUUGUGUCUAUAUAUAUUUCUAUUUAUAUAUAUAUUUAUGUUUAUGGUACUAGCGACGGCAGAAAUGUCUCUGAGGUCCUCCGGUGGGUCGGUGUCGCAGAAGCGGACCGUCAGCGGCCUCCUGGCUGGCCGUGUGAUAAAGAAGCCGACGCUUGAAGAUGGUCAGCAGCUGCAGGAGGCAGCGAUCCAGCUGUUGGAUCAGCACCAGAACCUGUCCAGCCUGCUCCAGGAACUGGAGAACCCAGGCCCAUGUGACAAGCUGUGUGCUGAGAACGGAGAGCAGAACCAGAACCAGAACCAGGCAGCAUCCGAUGCUAACCCCCCCCGCCUCUCAGCAUUGCUUCUGGGCAGCGGUCUGAGGCGUCAGGCGGCUCGGCUGGGCGUCUCUGUAGGAGCGUUGUCGGUGCAGACGGUGUUGGAGCGACUGAUGGAGAUCACUGAACGGGAGGAGGAGGAGGAGGAGCGAUGGAGAGAGAUGUUCACGUCUUCUCAGAGAGUCCAGCUGUGUGUUCUGCUGCAGUCCACCAAGGAGCUGCUUUCUCAAACUGUCCUUUGCCCCAAGCGGCUCUGGAUGGAGUACUGCAGACAUCAGCAGCAUCCAAAACUGGAGGUGGUGUACUAUCUGCACAAAUACUACAUCCUGACGUUGGACUACAUGCUACACAGUGAUGAAAAUGUGCGAUCAUGGCUGCCCCCCCAGCUAAAGGCUCUGUGCGGCUGGACGCCUCCCCCAGAAGAGGAGGAGACCAGACGGCUGCAACAGAAGCUUUUAUCAGCUGUGGUUGGCGUCCUGGUCGCAGCGGGCUUUGAGGAGGCUGCAGAAAGGAAGCUGUCGCUGCUGUGCAGCUCCGUGCUGGAUGACAUGCUUUUCUGGCUUCUGGACAUUGAGGAAAAACGUGGCGAAGUCGCCGAGAGAUGGAUUCAAACUCUUGACGCGUCGCUUUGUGGAGACUCUGUGUCACCAGCAGCUCUGCAGCGCUUCUUCACUCACUGCCUCACGCAGAUUUUCACCUGCAACACCCGACUAACAGUGUCGGAUGCUGUCGCCCUGCAGAAGGAGUGGACUCUAGCAAAGACCAGCCACUGUCUCACCUCGCUCUACUGCAAGCUGGCAGUGAUCUUCAGCGCCGAGCAGCUGCUGCAUCACCUGCAGCAGGUUCUGGAAACCCACGAGGUCAACUGGAAACAUGUGCUGUGCUUCGUCUCCGCCCUGCUGGUGUAUUACCAGGCGGCCCGGCCUUGCCUCAUAGAGUUGUUGUCCAGACUGCUGAGCUCGGCGUUUGAAGGCUACGACCUGGAGAACAUGAUCACUGCCUUCCUGUUGGCCCGACAAGGAGCUCUGGAGGGCGCCGGCGUCUUUCCUCCCUACAGCGACUGGUUCAAGACGUCUUUUGGAGGCAGCGCCGGGUUCCAGGCCAGCAGUAAAAAGUCUCUGGUGUUCCUGCUCAAGUUCCUCUCGGACCUGGUUCCCUUUGAACCUCCACAGUAUCUGAAGGUUCAUAUUCUUCACCCUCCUUAUGUGCCUGCAAAGCACCGCAACCUCCUCAUGGAGUACGUGACUCUGGCAAAGACCAGACUGGCCGACCUGAAGGAGUCUGUGGAGGACAUGGGCUUAUAUGAAGAUGUUUCUGGGAGCCGUGCAUCAUCGCAGCCUCAGUGCCCGGCGGCGCAGGAUGUGGAGAAAGCUGUGUCUCUGUUUGGGAGCACAGGCAGGAUCUCUGCAACAGUGAUGGAGGCCAGUAUUUUUCGGAGGCCGUACUUUUUGACCAGGUUUCUUCCUGCUUUGCUGAAGCCAAGAGUGCUUCCACUCAAACCCGACGCUCGCAUGAAUUUUAUUGAAGCUCUGAAAAAAGCAGAUAAAGUUCCAGCUGCCCAGUACUCAUCAUAUGUGGACUCCUGUCAGAGACACAGGCAGCAGAACAAGACCGCAGAGCGCCCGGACCUUAAAGAAGACCCUCUGGAUGUCCUGAGGAUUCAGCUGCAGGAGCUCCCAGGGCUGGUGGACGCAGGAAAUGAUGGCGAGAUGUCCGCCCAGCUGUCCAGGAUCUCUCACACUCUGAGCGUCUUUCCUGCUUCUGGCGAUGAGCUGACGACACAAACGAUCGUCACACUGAACACAGAAACCCCCCAGCUGCCCGAGCUUCAUUUAAAAGUCGUUAAUUUAAUCCUGCAGAACUUCUGCCAGUGCCUGUUGACUGCUUCCAGAGCAAAUCCUCCAAAUAAACAAACCUCCUGGGGCUGCAGAUUUGUCUGCGUGCUGCUUGACAACCGACCGCUUCUCUCAGCCGUAAUGCAGCGACUCUGGGAUCUGUUCCACCAUCAGGCAGCGUCAUUGAGUCCUGCUCACACGCUUGGCCUGGCAGCGUUCCUGGUCCACCUUCAUGCCUCCAUGGCGCUCGGCCCUCUGGUCCAGCUGGUGCCAGCCACACAAGCGCAGGCGGCACCUUUGGCAGAGGCCAUCAGCUCUGCAGUGCCGUGCAACAGCCACGCCAACAUGCUCUUCUCUCUCAGGCUGUGUGCAGCUGCUGUGAGUUAUGGGCUCUGCAGAGGAGAACCUCAGCAACAGCAGGACUACGUCCCCCCCAGCCUCUAUAAAAAGCUGUUGUAUCUUAUUCCGAGGCUGUUCCCCGAGGCCAGAGGGACGGCGGCGUGCGUUUGGCCUGAUGAAGACGGUCCAGAUGUUCUGUGGAGCAGCUUCACGCAGGACAGAAACAUCUGGACGCAGACGGUCCUGCACCUGUGGAGACACGCUGGCUUCCAGCAGCUGCAGCAGACGCCGCGCUACCAGUUGUGUUUUUCAGAGUGGCUGCAUAACGAGCUGCGAGUCCAGAGAAAUGAAGACGUUCUGUCAGACUGUCAGCGGCAGGAGUACCAGCAGUGGGCCUGCCUGCAGCUUUAUCUGAGCCGCCCAGAGGAGCAGGGGGGCUGCGGAGGCGACGUGAAGGAGCUCUGCAGCCGUCUGUUGGUCGCCAUCAUGGACAUCAUGGACCAGCCGCCAAGUGAGCUGGAAAAGCCCGGUUCUGCAGAACCGUCAGGAACAGGAACCUGUCUGCCCGACCUGCUGUCCAGAUUACAGGAGCUGGUCCAGGAGGCGGAGCUUAGCCCGGGCGGAGCGGUUCUGUGGGACGUCCUGUUUGAGCUGCUGUCUCAGAGAUGUUCCUCCUCCGUCAGCAUCACCUCCCAGCUCAGCCUGCAGCGGACGCUCCACGCAUGGAACAGGGUUCUCCUGGUUCUGCCAGCCGCGCUGUUCUUCAAGACCAAGCCUGAAGGAGGGAGGACAACCGUGGACUGCAGCCAGCUGGUGGAACACAUCAACCAGCACCAGAGGAAGGCCUGUUCUCCAGCCGGCGUUCUGCCCCCCUUGGUGACGGCACACUUCCUGAAGGGUCUGCUGUGUGCGGCGGUGCGGUGCGACCGUCCUGCAGGAGAACUCAACGGCGCCUGGUGUCAGAUGAGCAGAACCUGCCCCCUGCUGGCCGUCUCUGCCGUGCGCUGGUGGCAGCAGCUGGCGCCGGUUCUGUUCUCCCUCUGGACCCGUCUGCGUGACGGAGAACCUCCUCCGGAGCAGCUGCAGCUCCUCGCAGACUGCCGGCGCUGGGCCUGCAGUCUGAUCCGAGGUCCGGCGACCCGGAUGCCUCCAGCUGCGGUUCUGCUGUGUGCAGCCAGCCUGCAUGAGGCCUGCAGAAGCUGUGAGGAACCGCCGCAGAACUUCAGGGAGGUUCUGCGUUCACUGCAGCCAGAGAGACACGCCCAACACCAGCAGGUUCUGGUCUCUCUGCUGGGCCUCUGGCUGAAGGACUACCUGGACGCCCUUCUGUUCCCUCAGGAGAACCGUUGUCAAAGAUCCAGAACGUUCUGCUCGGAGCUGCUGGCCGUGUUGGUGGACUCCGCUGACUGGCUGCUCAUCUUCAGGUCCAACGAACCGACCCGAUGUCAUCCGGUCUCCCUGACGUCUUCAGAGGAUUGCACGCGCUUGAUGCCCUGGGCCGUCUGCAGCUUGCUGCAGCAGCAAAGCGCCGACUUCCUGCAGGGGGCGCUGCAGACUCCCGGCUUCCUCCACAGCGCCCUCCUCUGGUACCUGGAUGUACUGCAGCUCUUCCUGGAAGGAGACACGCCCCCCUCUGAGCCCAAGGUGGAACCGGCCCAGAUCCUGAACAGAACCAAACAGUUCGUCCUGGGUUUGGUCUCGCAGGCGCCUCCAGCAGCGCUCUCCUCCGGCCAGCUCAGACAGUUGGAGUGUCAGUGUGCAGAACUGGACCCAGAGUUGGCUGCAGCGCUAUCGGUUCUCCUGGAGCCUCACAGUCUCAGCCCUGAAGUGGACUUUCUAUGACCAUGGCUGACCAGAACCAUCAGAUGCUGAACAAGACGUUCUUCAAACGGUCCACUUAGUUCUCCAGAACCAUUUUAUUUUCACAGUUUUUACACAAUAAACAGACAUGAGCCCUUCUGUUGCUAGGCGACAGAAAUAAGUUAAUAAACUUCUGCGUGUCCCUG